AUGGAGGUCGACGACGCGCCGGAUCCAGGCAAGAAGGAUCAGAGCGUUCCAAAGAACACUUCACCGACUCGCGACGCGUCCAACGCGUUUAUUAACCCGGUUGAGCCUCAAGACAGGCCCAAGCCGACCGAACCUCCAACUCCCUUCGCCUUUGACAAAGCAACUCUUCGUCAAGGCCUUACCCAUUCUCCAUCGAUCCAGUCGUCUGACCUAGGAAGUUUUGCUAAGAAACGCUCCAGGCUAGACACCCCGGGAGUCAUCGCGACAGAUCAAGCAUCUGAAUUAACGGGGAGUCCUAGGACGAACCGCAUGCAGAACUUGUUCCCAGGAGGAGCCGAUUCACCAUCUCUUAAGGAAAUGGUCGGUAAACUCCUGGAAGUUGUAAAGGCAGGCUUCCCCCUGGCCAACAAAUCGAAGAAAGCCCAGAAAGUAUCGGUCGAUGUCGAAACAGCGGCAGACAUCUUGAUCUUGACAGGAUCGGUCUACGACCAGAUCAUGUACGAAGACGCACGUCGCAACUUCACCACCCCAGCAGCCCUCUCAGGCUCUCAACAAAAGACCCGAUCGAUUAUCUUUAAAGCAUCAACGCAGCGGACCACAGGCCCCGUCAUAUGCGCUGGCUGCAUCCAAACAUGCCCCAGCAAACAACUCCAAUGCGAACCCAAGACCUAA